AUGGUGAAAACAGCGGUAGAAGCAGGAGUCGUUCGGGCGAAAAAUGCGCGACAGAAGAGAAAAUUGGAGAAUGAGGCGCCGAAAGUCUUUGAAAAUGCAAAAUCGACGAUAUUUAUCAAGGGUGGAAAUGUGUCAGAUGUCAUUACCAGCGUUUUCAAGGAUCUCCAUCGACUAAAGUCGCCAAACAGCAUCGUCUUCAAGAAAAAGAACAUCGUGCGGCCUUUCGAAGACGCCAGCUCGCUGGAAUUCUUUUCCAAAAAGACAGACUCUUCCCUCAUCGGCUUCGGUAGUCACAACAAGAAGCGGCCGCACAACUUCGUCAUUGCCAGAACAUUCGAUUACCAGAUUCUUGACAUGAUCGAGCUCGGCAUCGGAAACUACGUUCCACUACAUCCAUCGGCAGAAAUCGCGAUGGGAACAAAACCGCUGAUGUCAUUCGCCGGAGAUGCGUGGGAAAAUGAGCUUGAAUUGAAAGAUGGAUCGAAAAUAGACUUCAAGAGGAUUCGAAAUCUUCUAGUGGACUUUUUCCGCGGAUCCACGGUCGACAAAAUCAGAAGAACAGGCCUCGAGCUUAUGAUGCAGUUCACUCUUCAAGAAGGUGUUAUCAGUAUGCGAUCGUACAAAGUGAUCAUGAAGAAAUCAGGACAGGAAGAGCCCCGAGUGGAACUAGAAAGCAUCGGACUAAACAUGGAUCUCACCAUUCGCCGCACGCAGCUUUCCACACCAACCAACUUCAAGAAAGCCUGCAAACAGCCUUCUGGAAUCAAGGAAAAGAACAAGAAGAACAUCACGAAAGACGGGCUCACCGGAGAAGUGCGAGGAACUGUACACCUGCCCAGCGCGCGGCAGAAUCUGGACGAAAUCGCGCUCAAUCAUAAGAAGGUUAUGCAGCGGCCAAUGCCGGAGAAAGAAAUCGAUUCGGAGGACGAGAAAGAGUUUGACGAAGAUGUGGAAAUGGAAGAAUUGUAA